CCUUCAAAUCUCUCUCUUGAGAGCUGUGAUUCUCUAAUUCCAACUUUAUUCCCAAAAUUUCUCCGCUUCCCCAUAGCUUUGAGGCCUCCGUUUUUCCAGUUCUCUCCUCCCUAAUUUCUACCGUUUGUGAUUCUCAAAAAGUCCUGUGAUUUGACUAGCUGGGGUUUCUUUGAUCAAAAGGGAAAGCUUGAACACUGUUUUCCCGAGGGAGGGAAGCUAUUUUUCUAUUCAAUUCCAUUUAUUUUCUGAUUUUUUUUUAUCGAUUCUCUGAAACAAAGGGAAAAGGGAAGCAGGCCACCGGUCAACGCCGUUUCUCUACUCCGGAAAAGAUGAUGGGUUGGAUUCAAGUUUCAACUGCUGUGAAGAAGAGGAAAUCAGAGCAAGGAUUUUUCAUAACCAUGGCGACCUUUCACAUUGUCAUGUAUCCAUGGUUUGCAAUGGGCCACAUUACCCCAUUUCUUAACUUAGCCAACAAACUUGCAGAAAGAGGCCACAAAAUCUCGUUUCUCUUGCCGGCCAAAACCAAGCAAAAGUUUGAACCCUUCAAUCUCCAUCCAGACCUCAUUAACUUGAUUCCGAUCACCGUUCCUCAUGUUGAUGGUCUCCCCCCUGGCACAGAGACAACCGCUGACGUCCUUCCUCCUCUGUAUCCCCUCGUCAUGACUGCCAUGGACCUCACAGAACCAACCAUUGAAGCUUCCCUUCGUGAACUCCAACCCCAGUUCGUCUUCUUGGAUACCUGCCACUGGUUACUAGAGUUAUCACAACAAUUCCAAGAACUGGUGUUGGGUUUUGAACUUACCGGGUUACCAUUCCUGGCCGCCUUGAAACCACCAAUGGGAUUCCAAGACGUUGAGUCUGCAUUGCCGGAGGGAUUUGAGGACAGAGUCAAAGGAAAAGGGUUUGUUCAUGGUGGUUGGGUGCAACAACAACUGAUCUUGAAACACCCUUCCGUGGGUUGUUUCGUGACACAUUGUGGGUGGGGGUCGUUAUGGGAAGCUAUGGUGAAUGAAUGUCAAUUAGUGCUGCUGCCCCACUUUGGAGAUCAGAUUAUCAAUGCAAGAAUGAUGGGCGGAGAUAUGAGAGUGGGAGUGGAGGUGCAGAAAGGAGAAGAUGGGUUUUUCACGAGGGAAAGUGUGUGCAAGGCGGUGAUGGCUGUAAUGGAUGCAGAGAGUAAAUUGGGGAAGGAAGUGAAGGCCAACCAUGAUAAAUGGAGGGAAUUCUUAUUAACCGAAGGACUUGAGAACUCAUACAUUGAUAAUUUCGUUGAGAAGCUUCGUGGACUUCUAUGAUUUUUUUGAAUUAAAUUUGGAAAUAAAUAAAUAUGUUAUUUGUGC